GAAACUGAACUAGUUGAAUUUUUUCGUUUACAUCAAGCUGGUCAUCGAAGCAGUUCUGUUGCAGCAUUACACGGUGCUGAUAUGGUAAUUUUAGGUUUAAUACAUCAUGAAUUGGCUCGUUUACAUGCAUCUGGUCGUUUAAGUUUACUACAUCGAACUGGUCACAAUCGAUUCAUCAAGUCAAACGACACCAACCAACAAUACAACCAGUCUUCUGCCAAAAGUACUGGAUCAAAACGAAAUGGUGAUCAAUUGGAUGAAUCACACGCCUCACAAACUGUUGACUGGCAAGCAGUGUUAUUUCAUAUGGAACAAUCAGCAAAACUUGGUUGUUUAGAUGCAAUUCAAUGUUUAGCACAAUUUUGUUUGAAUUUAAUGAUCGAUGGUCCAUUAUCUGGUUGUCCAAUAAAACCUGAUCCAUUGGAAUCUCGAGCUCGUGGUUUCGCUUUAAUGAGUUCAGCUGCAUCAGCCGGAGAUCGUAUGGCUAUGCUUUAUUUAGCUGAAGCUAAUUAUCAUGGAGAAUAUUAUUUUCCGGAGAUUGGUAAUGGUUACAAUGAUAGUGGUAUUAGUAGUAAUAGUAGUAGUAGUAAGAGAAAGAAACGAGAACCUGACUGGUUAGCAGCUGCUCACUGGUAUGAAAUGGCAACUAAAGUUGUUGAUAGUCCAGAUGCCUCAGAUAAUGGCGACAAUGAUGCUGAUUCAAAUCAAAACAAUCCGUGUUUGGUUAAACAAACUCGUGCAGGUUUUCAUUCUUUAUCCGAAUGGCCAAUUUAUCGUUUACAAGGUCGUUUAGGCGAAAUGUAUGCUCAAGGUGGUCAUGGUUUAGUCCAGAAUAGAAUGAAAGCUU